CAUGCGCAGAACAAGAUUUCAGUACCUCACCUCGACGACUAAUUAUUGAACUGUUCAUACCGCCUAGUAGGGUGUACAGCGAAGUAAAUUUCGGAAAACUUAUCAUCCAAUCACGGGAGUGUCUUUCAAUGGGAUCCUGACCUCGGAUGUUUUUGUCUAUUCAGCUGGAGCAAAGAUGGAAAGAAAGUGGGAAGACAUUUUCUUCUAUCUUUCCCAACAUUCCUUCCCAGAGGAGUUUCGGAAAGCUCAGAAGCAAACCCUCAGGAGAUAUGCCUCCAAAUUCACAUUGAAGGAAGGAGAACUUUACUUUGGAAACAGAAAGGUUGUUAAGACCAAGGAGGAGGCAAAGGAACUUUUCAAAGAGUUUCACAUUUCUCCAACUGGUUCUCACAUGGGAAUUGUGAAAACAAGGUCGGCUAUGUGCGCCAGGUAUUACUGGAAUGGCAUGUCUGUGGAUGUGGACAAAUGGGUUGCAGAGUGUGAUAACUGCCAAAGGGUUGGCAGACCUUUGGCUUAUGGUCGGAAACGCAAAUGUUUUAAGCGUUCCCUUGGCCUGAACUUCAUGAUGGCACAGAGCAUUUUAUUGGAGGUGUGCGUGGAUUCCGUGGAGUCUGCUGUCAAUGCUGAGCGAGGAGGUGCUGGUCGACUGGAGUUGUGUUCAAGUCUUAUGGAGGGAGGUCUCACUCCCAGUCUCGGUCUUCUACAGGUGGUAAAGCAGUACAUCAAAAUUCCGGUCUUCGUAAUGAUACGGCCUCGAGGUGGAGACUUCCUUUAUUCUGACCAAGAAGUGGAGGUGAUGAAGAAGGACAUUGAGCUGAUGAAGACGCAGGGAGCAGAUGGCGUCGUGGUUGGCGCCUUGACAGAGACUGGAGGGGUGGAUGCAGAACUCUGCAUGGAGCUGAUAGCGGCUGCUCGUCCUCUGCCUUUGACCUUCCAUCGAGCUUUUGACAUGGCUUACGACUCAGCAGUUGCUCUGGAGACUCUGAUAUCGUUAGGAUUUGAGCGGGUGCUGACGAGUGGCUGCGACAGCUCGGCUUUGGAGGGGCUGCCCGUUAUUAAACGGCUCAUUGAUCAAGCCAAAGGGAGGAUAAUUGUAAUGCCAGGUGGUGGUAUUACAGAGAGGAACCUGCAGAGAAUACUGGAGGCCUCUGGAGCCGAGGAGUUUCACUGCUCUGCUCGCUCCAGCAGAGACUCUGCAAUGAAAUUCAGGAACACCUGUGUAACGAUGGCAGCUACGAUGUCAACGCCUGAGUACAGCCUGAAGGUGACAGACGCCAGCAAAGUCCGGAGUCUGAACGCAAUCGCCAAAAAUACCUUGUGAUACCUCAAAAAGAUGGAACAGUUUUUUUCUUUUCAUACAUUCAUUUUCAAAUGGCCUCAGUGUUCAUUUUCUUUAAUCAGAGCAUUAACAUUUAAACAGUCUGUUUGUUUUUGCAGCUCAGGGAAAGCACUGCUGUCUUACAUGCUGUUAAUGAAGGUUUAUGACUGAACAGAAAGCUGUGGAUCAUUCACAGUUGUGUUUGUUCGUGUACUUCUGAGGCGCAGAACACAAAAAGAACAGCAUUUCACACAACAUUGUGGGAAAACUGGAAAAAACAUCUAAAAAACAGAGUCAUAAAACUAUAAAAGAAUAUAAAGCACUUGAACAAUUUAAACAAUAAGACAAAGAAACAAAUUCACAAUGAAAGUACAUUCAGUUCAAUGUUGGAAUUGUUUUGUUUUCUUAGCGCUGUUCUUUUCUGUUUUUGAUUUUUCAGUUAGCUGUUGUCUUCUGCUACCAUUGUGUUUUGCACAUUUUAAUUGAACCAUUUUUGAGCUAAGACGUGUGGGGAGCUUCAAAACUCUGGGUUUGAUUUGUAAAGUAAUAAAUCUGAUCAGAUCUGUGGAUCUGAGAAAAAACAA